AUGUUCUCUGCUAGUAACGCGGAACUUGUAUUGAAGGACAACAAGUCCCCAUGCAUGUACGAGGCCGCCAUACACCUCGUCACCCACGAAAUGAGAAUCCAGCAACCUCAUUCCGAGACAGCCUCGGAGGAGACGGCUACAACCAAAAGCUCCCCUGGACCGUCGCUGCACGAAGCUGCGAAAAAUGGGGAUCUCGACGAUGAGGACAGAACCGCUCUACAUUAUGCAUCCAACUCGCUGAUCGCGGAGAAACUUAUCAACGCCGGUGCAGUUAUCGACAUAGAGGACGCAGAGGGUUGCACGCCCCUGCACAGGGCGGUGGCCGAGCGCCGACUCGACGUGGUCUGGCUCCUGCUCACUCACAACGCGAGGACCGACACCCGUGAUGACGACGGCAAGACGCCCAUGGCUCAUGCCAAGGGCUGUCCACCGGCAGAGUCGAUGCUCCGCCACGGGACCUCGACCGCUCUGCUCCGCGCCGUGGAGGCCGACAGGGCAGACAUAGUCGAGGCCCUCAUCGGCGCCGGGGCCGACAAGGAGGUUAGGGACGGGAGAGGCUUUGUCGCCCUCAUAGUGGCCACCUUGCGGGGGUCCUGGGAUGCAGCUCGCGUGCUCAUCGAGCACGGCGCGGACACCGACGUCUACGGGGACAUGGGCAACGGCGUGAUUCACAUGGCGGCCCAUCGUGGGCCAGCGGACUUCAUGGAAUUUCUCCUCGACAGAGGACUGCCCAUCAACUACCAGAACCACUGGGGCGGCACACCCUUGCUCGAGGCCGCGGAGCGCGACGGCCGGGACGAAGUCAUCGCCCUGCUCCUCGAACGGGGCGCCGACCCGGCGCCCAGGAACAACGCAGGCUACACGCCGCUGGGGCUGGCCGCGCUGGCCGGCAAAACCAAGGUCGUCAAGAUGAUACUGGACCGGAUGAAGGGGCGCGAGCUGCUGAGGCCCCGCAGCAGGUCAGACCCGGGGCCGGCCGGCUGGUCCCCGCUGGCCGAGGCGAGCCACCACGCGCACCCGGAGUGCGUGCGCCUGCUUCUCGAGGCCGGCGCUGAGGUCAAUGUGGGGAAUCACGAUAACACGCCUCUACACCUCCUGCUCUGGCCCACCAAUGCGGUCCGCAGGGUCACAGACCGGGUUGAGGUCAUGCGGCUGCUGCUCGAGGCCGGGGCGUCGAUCGAUGCCAAGGGACCAAGUGAGAUCACGCCUCUCGCAGCAGCGUGCCGGUGGGGGUCGCUUCCUCUGGUCCAGGUGCUCAUCGAUGCUGGCGCGGACGUGGACAGCUUAUCUUGGGCCACGGAGGGGUCUGAGAAGGAGUUCGGCUACACGAAUCUUAUGCUCUCUGUGGCGUUCGGGGGCGAUGACAACCUCGACGUUGUCACGGCAUUGAUAAAGGCGGGGGCAGACGUGAAUAAACGAACAUAUGGAGCGAAGAAGUUGAACGCGGCGGAGAUGGCGCAUAAUCGAGGCAGGAUGGAUAUUGUCAACAUCCUUGAAGAUGCUGGGGCGAUUCCUGACAAACCCCAUUAG